CCCGACAGCAACCAAACGACUCGAAGAUUGCAGGUACACGACGCCCGUUCUCGCAAGAUUCAGUGGGACAACAUGCCUCCAAUAGCAGUACCAAGCGUCAUAACAGAACCGCAGCGCUAUCAACGCCGACAUUAUGUGCAGGCAGAUUUUGUGUAUGAUGACAACAUGAACGUCACAAAGAAGACUCUUGCAGAUACGGGGAGGAAUCAACAUGUUUCCUCCUCGAGAGAUGAACCUACCGGUCCGUCUACGUACCGGAAUGACUUCAAGCAGAGCGAUUCUGGACCCCGAGCUCUGGCGUAUGGUCCGGUGGCAGAAUCGUACUACUACCGGUCCUUGAGAGAUGGCAACUACCCAAACGCUGCACUGAAACAACGCGUAGCGCAAGCGGACCGCUUAGCUCACCUGUCUAGCUAUCAGGAGGCCUGUCAAGAUCGAAUGGAACUCCCGAAGAUUCAAUCAGCGAAAGACCGAACCGGAAAAUCUCUAUAUCAGUCUUCCUACGUCACAUAUGGUGAGGAGGAUACUGCCAAGCUAUCAGAUGGAGCAAACCCGUGGGGUAAAACGAAGCUUUUGUAUGUCCCAGGCACUAAAGCUACGGUCCGAGACCUUCUGCAUGUGACCCCACCACAGCACUAUACCUCCUACAAAAGCGACUACCAGCAAUGGCCUGCGUUUGAGAAUGAUGCAGGCCCUUUGCCUGCGGCACCUUUAUCGUCUCUUGAUGCUUGUCGUACGGUAGUGCCGAAAGCUUUCAAGUACAGGCGGUGGGGUGGAUGGAACGGGCUUUAGGGGUAGCAACAUAGCAUAGCGCUGAAGUAGCUCCAUAUAUAGGGAGAUUACAGUGCUCGGACUUGAUGUUAGCCAAUAGUAAAGGAGCAAAUUAUUGCUGGGCGUGUGCAGUUUGGAUGAGUUGCAAUACUCGACCGCUUGCAGCACUGGAACAGUGGUUGAGCCCACUGUCGAUCUGCCCGUAUGAUGAAUCCACCUGGUUUCCGAUACUCAUUUCUGUGCGACUUGCAAUUUG